AUGGCUUCGCUGUUCGGCGGCCUUCCGUCGGCGGCGGUGCGCAACCAAGGCCGCAGCACGGCGCUCGUGAGUACUGCGGGUGGCAACAGUGAACGUUCGCUGCAGUGGGUCUACGAUGAUGAGACCAGUAACUGUAUGCACUGCAACACGCCCUUUACGAUGAUCACGCGCAAGCACCACUGUCGACGCUGCGGCAACGUCGUAUGUCAGAACUGCUCGCCGCACAAGCGUCGUAUCUCGUCCACGGACCCUUUCCCUAUGCGGGUAUGCAACACUUGCUACGCUGCGGUUGACGAGCACUUUGCAUCCUUGGAGUGGUCAGGUCAUUCUUCUUCAGAGAUCCAAAGCAAACCUGACCCCGUGAUUGAAGGCCGCGUGCAUAUCGGACAGCUGUACGUGAAGGUGGUUGAGGCUAUUGGACUGCCAUCAACCGACUCCAUUACGAACGAUCCGUUCGUCAGAGUGAUGCUGACGGGCAAGUGGUCACACGGCCAGGAGUGGGGCAACGACUUGAAGAACACUAAAUGCACCAAGAAAAAGUCCCGCACACUCAACCCACGUUGGCACGAAACAUUUGUGUUCAAUGUGUGUGCACCAGGAGCUGAGCUGUUACUGGAGGUGUACAACCAUGGUCAGUUGAGUCAACCCACGAAGCUGGGCGAAGCUACGAUCCCGCUCUCGCAGAUUAUGGACCAGCGACGACAUAACAAGUGGCUGGAUCUGUUAAUGCCGGAGAAACUCCACCGUGCAGGCCUCAAUAACGACGCUAGAGCAGGUCGCAUCCACGUCCUGCUGCACUAUAAAUUCUCACGGAUGGCUGAAUUCUGCAGCUACUUCUCCGCCGAACAAGAUUACGUGUACGAAUGGCCAGAUUUCCAAGCAGCACAACUGUACAGCAACUUUUGGGUGCUACUGGACAACCUCUGGCCGUAUUUGGAGGUGAUUUGGCAGGUUUUACCGACGCUCAACUGGGAGCAUCCGACGCACUCGUUCAUGUGCUUUGCGCUCUGUGUGUGGCUGUGUCUGUCGCUACAAUGGCUACCAGUGGUCAUCCAUCUUGCGCUUAUUGCGUUUGUAUUGCGCAAUUACUUCGAGCUGAACUUCCACUCGUUCGCAUCGUCGAAUGAUGGCAAAGAACACCCGAAUCUGGACAACGACAUGAGCAAUGGAUCCUUCCGACAGUACAAUUUGCCGUCGGGAUUUAACCACCUGAUGAACAAGAUGACGCACGUUACUAUCGAUCAAGAGACCAAGAGAACGCUGCAGUCCGUGCAGAACAAUAUGGCCUGGUGGUCGAGCAUCAUCAACAACCUCGAGCUCAUGUUCUCAUGGGAAGAUACGUUCUACACGGCACGUAUACUGCUCUACCUCAUCGUGAGCUGUAUACUGCACAUCGUGAUCCCAAACAAGUACUUGCUACUGGCAUUUGUGGUGUACCUCUUUGUCCAGUGGACUGUACCAUUCAUGUGGUUCACGCACUUCAUCUUCGCUAUUCGCCAAUCUAUCCGCUCUUUCGUGCAUCAACACCGACUUAGGAGCUCCAUGGCGCAGGCGGAUCUGAACGCUCGCCUGCCUGGUGCUGGAUUAAGUGGAGGUCUCAGUAUGAACGAUCAACCACGGGCUAUGCGUCGUACCGUUUCCAACGCGAGCGCUCGUGCCCACGCGCGUGUGUCCAAGAAGGAAGAGGCCUUCGGCGCUGCAGCUUCGGCUAUCUCGGAGAGAUUUGUCGUCUCUGGUGAGCCAGCACUCCGCAAGCGGCAGUGA